CGACUUCCUUUAUCAAGACGGAAGCGACGUAAACAGAGCCAAGAUGCCUGGCAUGCAGUUUGAGUAUGAUGAGGAGGGGGGAACUUUCUACUAUUUCCUUCUUUCCUUUUGGGGCCUGGUCCUCAUACCGGCUACAUAUUAUCUAUGGCCACGGACUAAACCUAAAGAUGAGUCACAACAAUCGCGGGUCCAGUGUAGCUGUGAGCCGUGUCAGCUGAAGAAAACUCUGCUCAAGUCCAAGGACUCCUGGUUCCAUGCUAAGGACAAAUCACUGAAAAUUGGCUUGAUAAUUGGCUGGUUGAUCUUUUUCCUGUUGGCCUACAAGGUGUCCAAAAUACAGAUGGACUAUGUUGAAUAUGACCCUUUCCAGGAACUUGAAGUUGAUAGAGGUGCCAGCCCUGGAGAGAUCAAGAAGGCCUACAGGAAGCUCAGUUUGAUCUACCAUCCUGACAAGCAGACUGGAGACCCCAAGAAGUUUAUGAGAAUAGCCAAAGCUUUUGCUGCACUGACAGAUGAAGAAUCUCGCAAGAACUGGGAGGAGUAUGGGAACCCUGAUGGUCCUGGAGCUACCAGAUUCGGUAUAGCUCUGCCCAAGUGGAUUGUUGAGAGGGAAAACUCCAUGUGGGUGCUUGCUGCCUAUCUCCUGGUCUUCAUGAUUCUCAUGCCGAUCAUUGUGGGCAUGUGGUGGUAUCGAUCAAUCAAGUUCAGUGGAGAUCAGAUUCUGCUGGAUACGACACAUCUCUACUUCUACUUCAUUAGCCGAACUCCAAACAUGAUUCUCAAACGUGCCGUAAUGAUACUGGGAGCAUCAUUUGAAUUUGACCGCUUUCACAAUACUGAGAUUGCAAACAGACCAAGCGACAAUGAAGAAAUUCCAACACUGAUGAAGCUGUUGCCCAACAUCCAGAAGGAGAACAAGAAGCCACCACUGUGUUACCCAUACAGCAUCAAGGCCCGUGCCCUCAUCCUGGCUCACUGCCAGAGGAUGCCACUCCCACCACUCAGUCUGGACCUCGACAAACAGUACAUCCUGAACAAAUGCCCCUACCUUCUGAAUGAGAUGAUCAACAUUUGUGCCCAGCAGGUUGCCAUGGCAAUGGCAGGAAGAUUGCAGCAGAGCCCCCGUCUGGACACAGUUGAGAACCUGAUGAAGCUGAGUCAGAUGAUCAUACAGGCCCUGGAGGAGAAGUCCAGCUCGCUGCUGCAACUGCCCCACAUCACACAGGACAUGCUGAGACACUUCGUGGGCAAGAAGAGGAACAUUCGCACCAUCCGUGACUUGGUAUCGAUGAAAGAGGAAGAUCGACGCUCAAUGCUGCGUGGUCUGAAUGACAGCGAAUACAAUGAUGUGAUGAACGUCUGUGCAAGCAUGCCUGAUGUCAUCAUGGAAGUAACGUCUGAGGUUCUUGAUGAUGAAGACAAAUCUAUCACUGCUGGAUCGAUUGUCACUGUAACUGUGAGACUGACACGCGAACAUCUGGGUUUGAAGUUGAAUCGGGAAUUGCCAGCCUCUGAAGGAGUUGAAGAUGUUGUUGACAAUGAUGGAGAUGAAGAUGCUGAGGAUGGUGAAGAGAAACAGACAAAUGCCUCCCCCCAGAACAAGCCCAAGGUGUGGGAGAAACAGAAGAAGAAAGGCAAGAAGGGAGGAGCCAAGCAGAAGAAGAAGACCAAGCAAGCCAACCAAUGGAAGCCUGCAGCUCCACAAGCCAAACCAGAUGCAGCACAGAACAAUGGGAAAACAGCCAAAGCAGCAGAGGCAGCAGCAGAAGGAGCUGAAGAUGACGAGCAUGAAGAUGUGCCUGAGAAGAAGGUGCAAGACUCGCAUGUUGAGGAGUCAGAGGAUGAGGAGAGAAAUGACUCAGAGGAGGAACAAGAAGAGACUAAGAAGCCUGUCAAAGCUGAGGACGAGGAGAAGGAUGAAGAAGAGGAAGAAGACUGGUCAAAGUUCCAGGAAGAAUCAAGGAAAGAGAACUCUCUGGAAACCAAGAGCAAGGAGAGCCAUAUUGUUCACUGCCCAUAUUUCUCUACAGAGAAGCAGGAAUGGUGGUGGUUGUACGUGGCAGACAGGAAACACCAUCACCUCAUCACUGCACCUGUACAGAUUUGUAGCCUGAAGAAGGAUGAGGAGGUCCAGCUCAAGUUCUCAGCCCCUCGUAAACCUGGCUCAUACCAGUACUCUGUCAUCCUACGCUCAGACUCAUAUCUGCUUGACUUUGACAAAAUAUCCAACAUCAAGCUGGAUGUGAAGGAGGCGAAGGUUGUGUCCGACCACCCGCAGUGGGACAUCUCAGACGACGAGGCGGAGAAGGAGGAUGGCGCCGGAGAAGACACAGAGGAGGAUAGCGACUACUCUUCUGAGGAGGAUGACGAUGAUUAGGAGGGGUGACAGGAGGGAGGGGAGGGAGGGAUGACGUAUGCGAGGUUGUACAGAAGAUAUUGAUUUGUUAACCAAGGAGGAUGAAUUCAGGUCAGGGAGUUGGGGAUGCAGAAGAGAAAAGUGCACAUUUAUAUGUAAGAAGUGUCUGAUGGGUGAAUGUCUGAUGGUAGGAUAAUAUUGAGGGUGGUUGAUACAUAUUUAUGAUAAGGUUAGCAUGUGGAAGGGAGGAGUAUGAGUACACAGAAUGAGUGUGCAAGCUUGUUAUCUCAUAUAAUACAUUGGAGGAGAGAUUUCCUACAACAUUGUUGUGACAAUAAAGUCCGUGAUUGCUAUCUCGUUUACAGUAUAUUAGUUGGGGUCAUGUUGUUAUAUCCCAGUUGGGUGGAGACUGUCCCUUUGGGGCAGUAUGGUCUAUACCAAAUAUGUUGACAAGCACUGAAGACGGAUGUGUAUGUGGAUUGUGUGUAUGGUGUAAGUGUUAAACAGAUCAUAGCAGUAGAUGCUCCAGUCUUCACAGAUGCUAUCCCUUGAUGGAACAAGUACAUAUUGUCAGGAAGGUAACAAAAGCAUGAAAAUUGUCCUUCACAAAUCAUUCAGGAAUUCAUCAUUUAUGAUAAGGGUCAGCCCUCUGGAGUGAACAUUGAAGAUCUUAUGUACAUUAUAGGGAUUGGUGAUCUGGAUUGAACAUAAAGGAACUGGUCAGCCAUUGCAGGCCCACCAUCUGGAGUGAGCAUUAAUGGAUCUGUCAUUUAUUGCAGGGUCGCCAACAAAACAGUUGAGUGUCACAGAUUUAGGGUACUUAAAUAGAUCACCGCUUCUGUUUUAAUGUAAACUGUCAUUCUGUUGAAACAGUUUCGAUUAUUCAAAACAAAUGUCUUUGGUUAUGUUACAUCAUGGGUCAGAUAUAUCAGAAUCACUUUAAGUCUCACUGUUUACUGCUCCUGCAUGAAGACCAAAACCUUGGUGUCGUUCUCCCAGUGAUCAGUGACCAGUCAAUGUGCUCCAGUGUAACUUUAGCAUCAGGGUAAGAGGACAAAUCGCAACUGUUGUGAUGUCUGGUUGACUAUAGCUGCUGAUUGAGACUGAAUGAUACAAAUAUUAUAAGAGAUCAAAGGGUCUGUAAAAGAUGAUGAAUGUUAUAUAGAUAUUUUGUUCAAUGUUUUGUAAUAAAAUGUGACCAUGUUCAAAGCUGUGUUUGGAUCAGUUUUAUAGACUUACUGCUUAAACAUUUCAGCAUAGCAUUUUCUCAUCUGUGGGCAUUUAUAACUCAUUUAUCGUUUGUGUGUCUCUGUUCAUUUGACAAAAAAUCGCAAGUUGGAAGAGUGCUGUCAUGCCAAGAAAAUAUGUUCCCUCCAUAAUGUAUUGACCUGUUUAACACACAGCUCCUUUGAACAUUGAAUUAUACAUUGAAUCAUACAAUAAUUAAACCAGCAUCCUUCCCAGAAAUCUGCAACAGUUAUUAUUUGUACUACUCAAAGGGAGACUACUCUUCAUGCCUAUUUUCGCCAUUUCCUGAUGGGUUUCAGAUGUGUGAAAUGUUCCAUUGUGCACCAUAACAUUUGAAUUUGUAAACAGUACUUUCAAAUAGCUGGAAUAAAACUAAACUGAAAUUGCCUUAGUCUAGCCCUACUUCAAGUCUGUUUUGUACAUUUGUUUCUAGAUAAUUUAUGGAUUAUUUUUUAUUUAGAAUCAAUCAUUUUGUAUGGUCUGAAUACUGUGUCAAGUUAUGCUGGUAGAGUGCUCACAUUGUUUCUUUUGAUGCUGUCUUGGCUGUAGAGUUUGGUAAUGGUUACAGCUUAUGUCGUCAGGAGCUUCAAGUAAUAUGUGUGGAUGAUGAUGUGAAGAGUAACCAUUAACUGCCACAUCAUAGCAGGCCAGACAGGGCCAACUUCGUUUUCAUCUUGUAUGCCUUAUCUUUGGUUUGCAGAACAUGAGAAACAUAUAUUUGAUUGAAAGAAUUCCUUAUCAUCAAACCAUAAUAAAUAUAUAAUUAACCUGCCUCAGAAUCAAUGUUCUUUUUCAAAUUAUGACCAAGACCAUGUUCCCCAAAGACAUUUUAGUACAGUACCGAAGUUCGUCCUUGGAAACUUGCCCAUGAUUCUGACAGUCAUGGUUCAAAGAUGGCAUUGUAGGAUUGGAGCCUUAAGCCUGAAGUUGACAUUACAGGGAAUGGUCUGAAAUCAAUGUGGACAAGCUACAUAUGUCAUCUGCAUCAUGCUGCAAUGGCAGGGGAAAUAUGUGUAAUAUUUGAACAUUUGAAAUAAUACUAGUCUGACCUUGAACCAAAUAUAAUGUUGCCUGUAUGUCUGAGAUGUGUACCAGCAUAUUGUUACUAAUAUAAUCACAAAUCGCCUGCAGUUACAAUUAAAGGAAGGUUGAUUUUCCAUUACUGUAAUUGUUGUUUGUUUAACACUGGUAAUAUGAAUAGCAAUGAAGAGACAGAAUGUGUACAUAGUAAUAUACGGGAUACCACUGUUAUGGCAAAGUUUGAACAUUUUGGUGUUAGAGGGAUUUUCAGAAAAUAUAUUUAUGUGAUGAAAUAAACAGCUUUCUUGUUGAAGGUAUCAUGUUUGUAAAUAGCUUAUUAAUCCCAUUUUGUAAAUAAAAUCUGAAAUAGUGUACCUAAGAACUCUACCUAAAACUGAGCUGUAAAGAAUAUCUGAAGAUGUCUUGAUGUUUCAUUGGUUAUUUAUAUGGAAAAUCCUUUACAAAUAUGCUCUUUGACUGUCCAGAGUUCUAUAAUUUACAGUAAGGCUGUACUUGGCAUCUGCUAUAUCUGGUGGUGUUAGAAUGGGGGAUCACUGCAUGGCAAGUUGUCAAAGCAAAACACUGUUUACUCCCAUAGCUGCUGUACCAUGUGACCUUGGCUAGUCAUGCAUGCAUGCAAUACUUACUGUACCAUGUGACCAUGGCUAGUCAUGCAUGCAGGAGGUGCUGUACCAUGUGACCAAGGCUAGUCAUGCAUGCAAGAGCUGCUGUACCAUGUGACCAAGGCUAGUCAUGCAUGCAGUACUUACUGUACCAUGUGACCAUGGCUAGUCAUGCAUGCAGGAGCUGAUGUACCAUGUGACCAUGGCUAGUCAUGCAUGCAGUAACUGCUGUAUCGUGACCAUGGCUAGACAUGCAUGCAGGAGCUGCUGUACCAUGUGAUCAAGGCUAGUCAUGCAUGCAGGAGCUGCUGUACCAUGGCUAGUCAUGCAUGCAGGAGCUGCUGUAUCAUGUGACAAUGGCUAGACCUGCAUGCAGGAGCUGCUGUAUCAUGUGACAAUGGCUAGACCUGCAUGCAGGAGCUGCUGUACCAUGUGACCAAGGCUAGUCAUGCAUGCAGUAACUGCUGUAUCAUGUGACCAUGGCUAGACAUGCAUGCAGGAGCUGCUGUAUCAUGUGACAAUGGCUAGACCUGCAUGCAGGAGCUGCUGUACCAUGUGACAAUGGCUAGACCUGCAUGCAGUAGCUGCUGUACCAUGUGACCAAGGCUAGUCAUGCAUGCAGUAACUGCUGUAUCAUGUGACCAUGGCUAGACAUGCAUGCAGGAGCUGCUGUACCAUGUGACCAAAGCUAGUCAUGCAUGCAGUAACUGCUGUACCAUGUGACCAUGGCUAGUCAUGCAUGCAGGAGCUGCUGUACCAUGUGACCAAAGCUAGUCAUGCAUGCAGUUACUGCUGUACCAUGUGACCAAGGCUAGUCAUGCAUGCAGUAACUGCUGUACCAUGUGACCAUGGCUAGUCAUGCAUGCAGGAGCUGCUGUACCAUGUGACCAAAGCUAGUCAUGCAUGCAGUAACUGCUGUACCAUGUGACCAGGGCUAGUCAUGCAUGCAGUAGCUGCUGUGCCAUGUGACCAGGACCAAGCUAGUCAUGCAUGCAGUAACUGCUGUACCAUGUGACCAUGGCUAGUCAUGCAUGCAGGAGCUGCUGUACCAUGUGACCAAGCUAGUCAUGCAUGAAGUAGCUGCUGUACCAUGUGACCAGGGCUGGUCAUGCAUGCAGUAACUGCUGUACCAGGGCUAGUCAUGCAUGCAGUAACUGCUGUACCAGGGCUAGUCAUGCAUGCAGUUACUGCUGUACCAUGUGACCAUGGCUAGUCAUGCAUGCAGUAACUGCUGUACCAUGGCUAGUCAUGCAUGCAGUAACUGCUGUACCAUGGUGUACCAGGCUUCAUGCAUGCAGUAACUGCUGUACCAUGUGGCCAUGGCUAGGUAGGCAUAUUUCCAGAUAUACUCCAGAUCAUGUACAUUUCCUUGCUUGUCAGUCAGAUGUAGAUGAACACAUUGCAUCAUAAAUUCCUGAAAUCAACAGGUCCAGUAACUGUUGUGACCUUCCCCUUGACUGACAUCAACCCUCAAGAUAACAUAGAUGAUCCAUCAUUCUGCUCAUGUUACUUUCUUACAUUUUCCUGUGUCAGUUAUAGCAGUGUGAAGAGUUUCUUUACAUAAAAAUACAAUAAACUAUUUUCAACGUCA